AUGUGCCACCACCCCGGGCCAGGACGAACCCGGGAACAGCAACAACCUCUCCCCAAACCCUCCCUGUCAGAAGCCCCACCGCUGGACGCAGUUUAUAGUCCCACUCAAGACGCGGAUGUAGUUUAUCUUAUACUGUGUUCGAAUAUAGAUGUAAGAAUUUCUUUAUUACCCUUUCUUUUUUCCAUCCUCCCUAUCAUCUAUCUAUCUAUCUAUCUAUCUAUCUAUCUGUCUGUCUGUCCUAAGUUGAUAUGUUGUAAAACAAAAACCUCUCUCUCUCUCUCUCUCUCUAUCUAUCUAUCUAUCUAUCUCUAUCUCUCUCUCUCUAUCUGUAUAUCUAUCUAUCUGUUUAUGUUAAUCAUUUUUCUCUCUGAAUGCGAUAUUUUUAUCCUCCACCAUAUCCCCAUAUUUCUUUUCUCAUUCUAUUUCCAUCACUUUUUUUUCCUUUUUUUCUUUGUUCCUUUCUCUCCUGCACACAAUAACUUUCUUUCCACCUCUUCCUUUCCACCACUCUCUCUCUCUCUCUUUUCACCUCUCUCUUUCCACCUCUCUGUCUUUACACCACUCUCUUUCCAUUUCUUUCUUUCAACCUCUCUCCCUUUCUACCUCUCUCAUUCCCCCUAUCAGUCUUUCUACCUCUCUCUUUCCACCUCUUUCUUUUCAUAUCUCUCUUCCCGCCUUUCUAUCUUUCCGUCUCUCACUUCCACCUCUCUCUCUUUCUCCCUCUCUGUGAUUGUGUACGUGCUUGCGUGGUGCGUCCGUCCGGCGCAUAAUGAUUUAAGUUUCUUUCCACCUCUUUCUUUCCACAUCUCUCUCUUUUCAUCUCUCUUUUUCCACCUCUCUAUCUUUCCACCUCUCUCUUUCCACCUUUCUCCAUUUCCAGCUCUCUCCCCUUCCAUCUCACUCUUUCCACCUCUCUCUUUCUAUCUUUCUCUUUCUAUCUUUCUCUUUCCACUACUUCGUGAUUGCAUGCGUGCUUGCGUGAUUUUUUAUGUUUAUUUUCACUUUCUUCUGAUUUCGAUCUUUCUUUUUCUUCCUUGUCUCGUUUUUCUUUUUUUUUUUUUUUUUUUCCUUAACAGAAAUCAAAAUGAAACGUACAGACGUUACAUUUUCCUUUUAGUUCUUUCAUUUCCGGUUUUUUUUUUCUUUUUUUUUUUCUCUUAUUUCUUUCUCUUUUUCUUUUUCUUUUUUUAUUUUUUGAUGUCGAUCUUCAUUCGUGAUUUCUUUCUUUUUCGUUUUAUUUUCUCUUGUUUUUUUUUUCUUUCCUUAGUGCGUUUUUUUUUUCUUUUUUUUUUGUCUCAUUUGUUUUAUUUUUAUUUUUAUCGUUUAGUAUUUUCUUGUUUUCUUUAUUUAUUUCUUGGUGAAGCAUAUUCUUGUUCUCAACUUGAUUUCAUUCUUCGUGCUUCCAUUCAUAAUUUAUUUCUUCUUCAUUUAUUUGUUGGUUUUCUUUUAUUCUGCUCUUUCUUUCUUUUUCGAUUCUUUCUUUCUUUCUACCUUCUUCUUUUUCUUUUUUUUUUCUUUUUUCUUGUGGUGGAGAUUUCUUCUUCUUUCUCGAUUUCAUUUUGUUCGUUCUUAACGUUCCUUCUUUCCCGUUUUCACUUCUUUGGUGCUUUGGUUUCGUUUUUUUUUUUUUUUUUAUUUCCUCAUAUUUUUAUUUUAUUUUAUCUGUUCUUUGUUCUUUAG